CCAUGGCAGCACAUCUGACACAAGUGUUUGCUACUGCCAAACAAGAAAAACGACCUGCGUUUGUAGCUUAUGUGACAGCUGGGUUUCCUGAAAAAGAAGACACUGUAGAUAUUCUACUAGGCUUGCAAGCUGGUGGUGCAGAUAUCAUUGAACUGGGCGUUCCAUUUUCUGAUCCCAUUGCAGAUGGUCCCACAAUUCAAGACUCCAGCUUUAUUGCACUGCAGCAUGGCAUUGAUAUUCCUGCUUGUCUAAAUUAUGUGAAACAAGCUCGUGCAAGAGGACUGUGUGUUCCAGUCGUGUUCAUGGGCUAUUACAAUCCAUUUCUCAACUAUGGCGAGCAAAAACUAAUGAAGGAUUGCAAGGAAGUCGGUGUUGAUGGAUUUAUUGUGGUAGAUUUGCCUCCAGAAGAAGCCGUGCGAUUUUGCGAUUUAACUUUUGAGCAAGGGCUGAGUUAUAUUCCACUUAUCGCGCCAUCGACUACUGAGGCUCGCAUACAGCGUCUUGCAAAUAUGGCGAGUAGUUUUAUCUAUGUGGUCAGCACUCUGGGUGUCACAGGUGCCAGAGAAAGUGUAAACAGCGAUCUUCCUGGUCUUGUUUCUCGGAUAAAACAGUAUACGGAUCUUCCUCUGGCUGUUGGAUUCGGUGUUUCCAGCCGUGACCAAUUUGUGCAAGUGGGUCUACAUUCUGAAGGUGUUGUUAUUGGAUCAAAGAUUAUUACAGUUAUCAAACAAGCUGAAAAAGGACAACGAGCUGCUGCUGUUCAGGCAUUUGCACAGGAUAUCACUCGGCGUGAAAAUGUUGUUGGAUCAUACUAUCAAACUUUACCUACUACAGAUGCUGUGAAAAAAAAUAUCGAUCAAUUGACUCAUGCUCUUCCACCUCGCUUUGGUGAAUUUGGAGGGCAGUAUGCUCCAGAGGCACUGGUUGAUUGUUUAGAUGAAAUUGAAACUGCUUUUGAUGUUGCAAUGAAGGACCCAGCUUUCUGGAAAGAGUUUCAAUCUUACUACCCGUACAUGAAUCGUCCAUCAUCGCUUCAUCUUGCAGAGAGGCUUACUGAAGAGUGUGGUGGUGCACAAAUUUGGCUUAAACGUGAAGAUUUAAAUCAUACCGGCUCUCACAAGAUCAACAAUGCACUUGGUCAGGCUUUGCUUGCCAAGCGACUGGGAAAGCGUAGAAUCAUUGCUGAAACUGGUGCUGGACAGCACGGUGUUGCUACUGCUACUGUUUGUGCCAAGUUUGGUCUUGAAUGCGUUAUUUAUAUGGGUGCUGAGGAUGUGCGUCGCCAGGCACUCAACGUAUUUCGAAUCCGUCUUCUUGGUGCCAAGGUCAUUCCAGUCAAAUCUGGAUCUCAAACUCUCAAGGAUGCAAUCAAUGAAGCUUUACGUGAUUGGGUCACCAAUGUUAGCACAACCCAUUAUUUGAUUGGAUCUGCAAUUGGACCGCAUCCUUUCCCUACUAUUGUGCGCGAAUUUCAGUCAGUGAUAGGACGUGAAACCCGUGAGCAAAUGCUCUCAUUGACCAACAAACUCCCUGACGCAGUCAUUGCCUGUGUAGGCGGUGGUUCAAAUGCGAUUGGAAUGUUCCACCCAUUCAUCAAUGACUCCAGUGUCAAAAUGAUUGGUGUUGAAGCCGGUGGAAGUGGUAUUGAAUCUGGGUAUCACUCUGCUACUCUCACCAAAGGUCGACCUGGCGUGCUUCAUGGUACCAAGACCUAUUUGAUGCAAGAUGAAAAUGGCCAGAUUCUUGAAACCCAUAGUAUCAGUGCUGGGUUGGAUUAUCCAGGUGUUGGACCUGAGCAUGCCUGGCUCAAAGAUUCCGGUCGCGCUCAAUACGUUGUUGCCACGGAUGCGGAUGCCAUGAUCGGUCUGCGUAAGAUUUCUCAAAGUGAGGGGAUUCUUCCUGCUUUGGAAUCGGCUCAUGCUGUUUCCAAGGCGUUAGAAAUUGCUGCCACCAUGCCCAAAGACUCGAAUAUUGUUAUUUGUGUUAGUGGACGUGGAGACAAGGAUGUCGUGUCGGUUGCAGAGUCACUGCCUAAACUGGGUCCUCAAAUUGGAUGGGACCUAAGAUUUGAAGGAAGUAAAUCCGACAUCAACCCCGCGCAUUAAAUGUGGUAGAACUAUUGUGAAGCAAUCGCAAACAAGACAUUUCAAGUAAAUGAAGCAAUUCAAUGCGUCAAAUC